AUGACCUUCAUCUCAAGUGAUCCCAGUUGGUGGCCGCUAAUCCCUCAGUUUCGUGGUUUCAGCUAUUUUGUAGUUGCCUCCUCUGCUGCAGUGAUAUAUGAUUGGGCGUUAACAUUCGGACAAGAGUUUGAACUGAUCUGGAGGCAACGCUGGUCCCUCGUGACUCUUCUGUAUCUCAGUGUGCGCUACAUUGGAAUACUAUACGUUGUCAUACAGGUUAUAAUGACCACAAUAGCUCUGGGCUUUUCAGGCAAUACUAUGAACUCCACACUAAAUGGGGUGAUUCUGGUCGUAAAUGCCAUGCUGGGCAUUAUUAUGAUCGCUCGGUUAUAUGCAAUGUAUCAGCGAUCCAGAGGGAUGCUUAUCUUUCUCGUUGCGAUCUUCUUCACUGUCACGAUCACCUGCGGAGUGAUAACUGCAAUGGGAGAUGCGAAUACGUCAGGGGAGGAAUUCAUCAUCCUGGGCAUCCAUCAGUGCAUUUACGGUGAGGAGGAGAGAGACACGACACUGGCGGAUUCCGUGGCCUGGGCACUCUAUCUUGCAUGGGAGGUUCUCGCCCUGUGUCUUGCAGUCUGGAUUGUAGUAAAACACGUCCGUGAACUGCAACGAAUAUCAAUGGGAUGGACCAUCGGGGAUUGUUUUAUGGUAUUGAUAAAAACGCACGUAGUUUACUUCGCGAGUUCUGCACGUGCUAGCUUUGCUGUUGUCUGUGGCUUCCAACUCAGUCAUUACUCUCCAACCUUGAAGUAUAGGAACAUGGCAACGGGAGAAAUAUCAACGGGGACUCUGAUCUAUACUGAACUUCUUGAAAUUGCCUCGAUUGUGCAGAUGUUUGUGCUGGGACCACGCCUCAUCCUCAGCAUUCGAGAAUAUCACGCCAAGCUUGUGGCCAGCUCCGAUGCAGAAACGGGUAUCAGUACAAUUGCUUUCCAGGAGCGCAUGCAUGUGUCAACUGGUGGUGGUGUAUAG